GAAUCGGAUAUAAAUGCUCCGUGACCUCCUUCUACACCAAAUCUUACGGCUUUGUGUUGAUUCUCUCCGCUCACUAUAAUACAAUGGGGAGCACUUUGUUUUCCAGCAUGAACGCGCCUGCAUCUGUUUCACGCGCAGCGCGUCUCCGCCAAGUUCUCAGUGAGAUUGCGCAUGCGUUCACGGCAGCAGCAUCUGUCUCCUUUUGCUAUUUAAUGCAGCAGCAGCUCACCUGCUCUCCUGAUGCCAUGCUUUCCAGAGCGGGAAUGAUGGUAGGGGUGUCCGCUCAGAAGAUCAGUAAGCACAUCACCUUUCUUGUAAAUGACGUAGCUCCGACUCCAGCCUCUGCUGUUUCACCUCCUCAGCCAAAACCGUUGUUGCUCUUGUUGCCAUGGCUAGGCUCAAGACCACAGGCCAUCGCCAAGUACUGUGACAUUUACAUCCGAACCGGCUUUGAUGUACUUGUUGUGGAAAGUGAGGUGAGCCAGUUCUUAUGGCCUCGUUGGGGGCUGGAAUACGGUGCCCAUGUGCUUGAAUUAUUAGAGAGUGAACGCUUUUCUCAGCGCCCCCUGCUGGUCCAUGCCUUCUCCAUAGGAGGAUACACGUUCAGUCAGGUGCUCGUUCAAGUGGCUAAAGACACUCAGCGCUGCCAAGAGCUGACAAACAGGAUCAGGGGUCACAUCUACGACAGCUUGGUCAUGGGUUCAUUGGAUCACAUGGCUAUCGGUCUCGGUAAGACCAUGUUCCCCCGGAUGGAAGGUCUCGUGAAGAGGGCUAGCCUUCUGUACUUCCAUGUCUUUAAACACCAGACAGUCAAAUAUUUCAACGUAGGGAUCAGUAUGUUCUGGAACACUCCUGUGACGUCUCCUGCUCUGUUCUUCUUCUCUGAAAAUGAUGUGCUGUGUGAUUACAAGAGUGUGGAGGAGAUGGUGAAGUUAUGGAGGAGUCGGGGCAUGACCGUGGAGAGCAAGAAAUGGGAGAAGUCUGUUCAUGCGGGUCAUCUACGUACCCACCCUCAGGAAUAUCUGUCCACUCUGGAAAACUUUGUGAAUUCUCUCAAUAUGGUGCCACUGAAGGCCAAAAUGUGAAAUUUGUGAUUUUGCUUUUUUCAAUGGUUAUCAUUUAUUUUAUAAAAUAUAUCAAAUUAGCCGGAAGUGCCUGGUUCUUGCCAAUAAAAAAACAUUUUUGUGUUCUUGGUUCGAGUAGUACUACCGUAGGUCAGAUUGCCUUUAUCUUGAAUUUGUUUCUCAACCCUCAUCAGUCUUUCCAAAAAUAUUUAUAUAGAAAAUUAAAAUGCUUUAAUUAAAAAACUGUAAUAAUGCAGUACAUGCAUGUUACUGUUUUAUUUCACUAUAUGAAGGUGCUGUUCAAGCCUUUUUCAAGCUGCAUUCAAUCCAGACCUCAAUGUUGCUGUUCAUUUUUAGUGGCUAUAUCAUUACUUUGUAAAUAUUUAUAAUAUUCUUUUGUUAAUGUUGAAUCAUGAAAUAUGACAUACAGUCACAGCUUGAGCUUGAACUGUUAUCUCAAAGAGAAGUUUGGCAACCGACCUGACAGAUUAUUUUUAUUAAUACAAUUUCUUCGCAAUCAUAUGUAAAACAUCUUUACUAUGUAGACCUGUCCAUAACUACAAUAACAGAUAUCUAAUGAUAUUUAUAAUGUACUGUUUGACACUAAUAAGUCUAUGCAUUUUUUAUGUGUAAGGAAAUGUAUUUUAAGUGAGAUUGUAUAAGUAUGCUAAACCCAAUUAAAUCAAUUCUAAUAUUUUUUUUAAAUAUAUGGUAAAAUAAAGGAUUUAUUUAAAAUUACAA